UCGACGAGACAAAAUGGCUGAUGUCGAUGUGACAUCGCUGAUUAAAAAAGGUAAAAGAGGGGCAGCUGCUUAUUUUCAAGCAGAAUGUCAAAGAACAAAUAGUCCAAGAUCGCUACAUGACUUACUUGAUAUCAUAAUAGACCCUUCAAAACCAAUUGAUGACUGGGAGACAAUCGACUGGUGUCGAUGGUUGAUGGCAGGCGGAAAGACUCCUGACGAAUAUUCACAGACAGUUCGUAGGUAUGACAAUGCUACAACCUGUGGUUUGGUGUGGACAGCCAAUUUUGUGGCAUAUAGAUGUCGGACAUGCGGUAUCUCCCCGUGUAUGUCUCUGUGUGCUGACUGCUUUCAACAUGGUAAUCAUGAAGGACAUGACUUUAAUAUGUUCCGCAGCCAGGCAGGAGGAGCGUGCGACUGUGGAGACACGAGCGUCAUGAAAGAGUCAGGGUUCUGCAAUCGGCAUGGACCUAAAGCUCAGCUGAACAAAACCUUGGCUCCUCCAGAUCUGUUAUGUGUUGCUGAAGCUAUGAUGCCUCGAGUAAUUCUCAGACUUAUUCAAUAUCUACGAGAACACAGUGCCAACUCAGGAGACUUGAGUGUUAUUAGCGAAGCGGAUGGGUUCCUUUCGAUGCUACAUCACCUGAGUGAAAUGGGGGGAGCUAUGAGAAUGGUGAUGACAAGAGCAUUAACUAAUCCAAGAACUUAUUCAUGUAGCUGUCUUGUUGAAGACUGUGAUCAGCGUUAUCCUGAAAGUCUUGGAUACCUAAGGAGAAGCCAGCUUUUAUAUGAAGAAGCCAAGAAAACUCUACAUAACUGUGAUUGUCCAGUAGAGUAUCAGGAAACUAUUCCAUCCUUCCAUCCUGAUUUAAAACACAGCACUUUCCUUGAGGAACUGGUGUUUUGGACAGUCAAGUUUGAAUUUCCUCAGAAACUUAUCUGUUUCUUACUUAACAUGCUGCCUGACCCUCAUUACAAGGAGGCAUUUACCCAGACUUUUGUUCAUCAUUACAGUCGCAUUAGUGUGAUGUUGGCUCAUUCUUCAGAUUCUGAUACUCUAUCUAAUAGGGUUGUACAUGUCAGUGUUCAGCUGUUUAGUAAUGAAGCUCUGGCUUUCAGAAUGACAAAAAACUUCAAGUUACUACAUGUAAUGGUGAUUAGCUUAAAGGCUAUGAUGAUGAAAAUUUUGAUCCAGAAUACUUUGCAAGAUACAGAAAAAAAUUUUCAUUUUGUUGUUAACUGCGGUAAUCGAGUUAUGAAAGAUCAUUGUUAUUGGCCAGUAGUCAGUGAUCUUAACAAUGUGCUGACUCAUCGUCCAGUGGCCCUGGAGUUUUUGAAAGAUCAAUCAUUACUAGAGAUUUGGUUUUCUUUUUUGUCAAUGUUUCAGGGUAUGAACGUCAAUCAGCGAGAACUUUCGGCUCACGUAGAGUUUGAACCCAAUACCUACUACGCUGCUUUUUCUGCAGAGCUGGAAGCAUCGGCAACUGCAAUGUGGGCAUUAAUUUCUCAUCUUGAAAACUAUGAAUCUCUAGACAUCAGCAAGCAAGUUCUCUCAUGCUGUCUUUCUGCCCUCGAGGACUGGUUUGAUGCAAUAAGCUUUUCUUUAUCUGAUCAGGCUAUUCCAGACCAAGUAUCCUUUCAUUUGCCUCUCCAUCGGUAUUAUUCUUCAUUUUUAUGUCAGGCUGUUAGCCACCAGGGGGCAACACUGACAGAACUUCUUCCCCGAAAGGAACUUUUACAGCAGCUAAUGAUCCAUCCUCUUCAGGCAAUAGUUGCAUUCCAUGAGAUUUUAUGCGGAAUUUGGGUCCGUAACGGGUUGCAGAUUAAAGGGCAGGCUAUGACGUAUAUCCAGUGUCAUUUCUGUAACUCCAUGGUUGAUGCUGAUCUGUUUCUUCUGCAAGUUUGUGCCACUCAUUUAGACCCUGACUGGUUCCUACAAACUGUAUUACAGAGACUUAAACACUUGUUUUCAGUUUCCAAAAAGUUGCUUGGGGAGAGGUUCACAAAAGAAGUCUAUGCUUUGUAUGCUCCUGAAAAUGUCCAAGUUUGUGGACAAACCCUCAGUGGAUCUCUUACUUUUGUUUCUCAGUGGAUGAGUGAAGAAGAAGUUACUAGACAAGAAAUGGUAUCAUUGUUAACUAUGAAUGACAGAACACAUUCUCAGCUGAUGGAUUUACUUCCAGAAAAAUGUGGCACUGCUUCACAAAACAAAGAUUUUGAAAGUAUUCUUGCAAAAGUAGCUGAUUAUCGUGCCCCAAAUUUUGAAGCUGGUGGAACAAUGUUGCAAGGAAUGUAUGUUCCUAAACCUGAAAUCUGGGAACAAGAAUAUGAUCCUAUCCACGUUUUGCUACGAGCAGUACACAGGAGGGACUUUCAGUCUUCUGUUGACCGCUAUACUCAGCAUGUAAGACAAAGUGGCAAGUAUAAAAAUUCCAGCCCUCCUUGGCUACCAUAUAGAAUUCCUAAAGCUGUCAGUCCCCAGUUUCCUGAUCCACGAAAGCUUCUUCAUUCCAGAACGAUGCAUGCAAUCAUCUUUACAGUUCUUUAUCGAGCUUGGCAUGAUCCUGAUAUUCCUGAGCAAGUUGUAGCCUUGUCUGUUUAUUUACUUGACAUGGCCCUCAGGUUUCCUCCACUUUCUUGUUCAGCCCACGAAAUGGUGUCUCCAAUGAAAGAAGAAGUUCCCAAUCUGGACUUUGUUCACUGGUUUCCCACAGACUGGACACUUCAGAACAUGGUGUUGACCAUCCAAAGAGUUGUUGUCAUGGAGCAAGCUGAAAUUAUGGAGGGAGUUGUUGAAGAAAUGGAUGUAGAUGAGGAGGUAGAUGGACCAUCAGAGGGAGCCACAUAUCUUGUGCAGAGUCCCACUGUUGAAGAAGAAGGAUUCAGCUCCCCAAGUCAUCAUCCGUCACUUCCAACAUCUAGCGUACACUUAGCUUUACCAGCCACUGUAGCUACAACGGGUGCUUUAGUGCCCUUGUCAGGAAAUCUGGUCAGUCAGACGUCGGGCAGUACAUCAACGGUUUCUGUAGUUGCUCAACAUUCACAUGGCUAUUCAGACACUGAUUCUGUGUCUCCCAACAUGGUACUACCGCCACCUCUACCUCCGCCUCUCCCUCCAGGAACUCUCGGCAGUGGAGGAGGAGGAUCAAACCUGGCCGUAGUUCCCAGCUCAGUAGGGCUAACUUCAAUUCAUCCCCGUAUCUUCAAGUGGAGGAGAUUUCCUGGUCGAAACAGGGUGCUUCCAAACAAGCAGAGUUUACAGUCGGCUGGACCCGGAGAGAGUUCCUCCACACACUAUCAUCAAGAGUCAUUAAAGGAACUGCCUCCUAGUUGUAAUUCAGUUGUAGAUAUAAAUGAGAGCCUCUUGUCAUUGUUACUUAGGCUGCAUUCCAAACUGUCCGGAGUAAAGGACUCUUACCGGCCACCCACAGAAAGAAUGGAAAUUUUGUCAGAUAAUGCUAUAAAUGAGUCAAGAAUUGGAGAUGGACCAUUUUUUAUUGGUCAAGUGCUAGACAGAUUUGUAAAGUUAAAUGUAUCAAGUGGUGAACAGCCAGUCCAAGAUAUCAGACAACGUUUGUGGCCAAAAAAGGAAGAGAUAAAGAAAGGAGGUUCAGCAAAGGAUGCUUUUGAUAAGGAAGAAAGGAAGAGAAGAGCAAAAGAAAGACAACAGAAGCUUAUGGCCGAGUUUGCCUCUAGACAAAAAGCUUUUAUGCAACAGACUAUGGAAACUGAGUUAGAUUCCGAUCUUGGAGACUGCGGUGAAAGAAUGAAAGAAGUUGUUGUGAAUGUUGUACAGGAAUAUGAAUGUGUAAUUUGUGGCCAGAUGGCGCCCUCAACUGAAGAACGGCCAAUUGGAAUGGUCGUACUUUUGCAGGCAACAAGCGUUCUGGGACAUAGUCGUCAGGAUGACCCAAGGUGUCACAGACUACCUUGUUCUGAUGAAGAUCGUUUGAUGUUAGGAAGAGAUCAGACAAGAGCUGCAUACAUGGGACAGAGGAUAGACCAGCUAGAUCACCAUUUUGAUAAUAAAUCGUGGCAGGCUUCAGUGAACAUUGGUUGGCAAGGUGGAGUUCAUGUCCAGUCUUGUGGACAUUACUUGCAUACUGUCUGUCAUCAGUCCUACACUGAAUCACUCAGGCAGAGCCAGAGACAUCAAAACCUUGCUGUUGAACAAGGAGAGUAUUCGUGUCCACUCUGUCGUCAGCUAGCUAACUCAGUUCUUCCUAUUUAUCCCGACAUGGGAGAGACUGUUGCAGUAGUCAGAUGUCCACCGAACAACUUGUCAGCCGUAGCACAGGAACUGUCCCAACUUAUGGCAACUGUCCCUACCCCUGUUUCUUCUAUUAGAAAAGCAAUGGCCAAUAUUGUAGAAGACCUCACAAACAGCACCUAUGCACAGUUUAGAUCCAAGUAUUCUUCUCCUAACUCGCAUAGCCUCUUCCUAUUUAUUUGCUCUAUUGCCCGAACCAAUCUUGAAUGUGAACUGGUUUACCGAGGAGGUACUCUGUCCUCCAUUCAACCUCCAAAAAAAUCAUGUUUUGUCCCUCUUUUCCAUGUGUUGGCCCUUAAUGCCAAAAUGUCUACUCCACUGCCGUAUGCCCAGGUGUGGUCACAACUGACAGGAUUGUCAGUCGAGGAUCAUCUUUCAAGUCUUGCACCCAUGGAAAGGGAAGUUCCAUUGUUCUUGAGAGAUACUCUUGCUAUUCUUCUUCAGAUUGUUCUUACUUUACCUCUUAAUGUAGACAAAGCAUACUACGGCUGUGUGGUUCAAGGACUCUAUAACUUGACGUUUGUUCGAGGUCUUGCCCAGGUGUCUUGUUACCUAACACAAGAACAGAGGAGGAGAUGGAAACAGAAGUAUGCAGAAUCCCAGGGUCAUCUUAACAGCCUGGGGUCAGUCUUAGGACUAGUAAUAGACCAUCUAGAACACAGUCCUCUUUAUAUAGAUGAUGAAGAUAUGGAUGUUGCGAUA